AUGCAACAAUUCUUCGGCCGAACCUUCGGAAAGAACAAGGACAGCGAUCCGGUCGGGGACAAGAGCAAGCACAAGCACAAACGCAAGUACGAAGACGAGAGCGAGGAAGAGGAUGAGGAAGAGGGGGACGCUCCAGAGACAUCAGCGCGUGAUGGUGUUGGGCCGCUAUGUUUCGCUGACAGCUGCGAAGGAAACGCCAACGGAACUGAUCUCGUUUUUGUACAUGGAUUUCGAGGCUCUCGAUUGGAAACUUGGUCGUGCGGAGACACCUUCUGGCCCCGGGACUUGCUCCAGGACGAUUUGAAAAAUGCCCGAAUUGUUACUUGGGGCUAUGAUGCUAGCUUUGCGAAUGCCUUUACUUAUGCUAGCCAGGAGAGCAUCUUCGGCCACGCUGAGACCUUGCUCAAUGACCUGGCGAGGUUGCGCAGAGGAAUUACUAGGCCUAUCUUAUUUAUCUGCCACAGUCUCGGAGGCCUAGUUGUGAAAGAAGCUCUGAUUAAGUCAGCGGCGUACAAGAACCACAGAAGACAUUUGUCUCUUGGCGAGAUAUAUGCUAGUACCAUUGGUGUGAUAUUUCUCGGGACGCCACACCGCGGAAGCAGCCAGGAGGCUCUUGGAGAGGUGGUGGCAAAUGUUGCCAAGCUUUCCUUUCGUCAACCAAACAAUCAGCUCCUCCAGACAUUGAAACCAGAUUCCCACAUCCUCGAGAAUCAGCGAGACCAAUUUACCACGAUAUCACGCAGCUUGAAUAUUGUCUGCAUCAGGGAGGAGCUCCCAACAGGGCUAGGCUUGAUUGUCGAAGAAGCCUCAGCUUGCUACGAUGGAUUCAACGUUCGCCGAGAUGCGAUCCACGCGAAUCACAUGAAUAUGGUGAAGUUCGCAUCCAAGGGCGAUGAAGGAUACAAAAGGACUCUUGGACACAUUGAAGACAUCCGUAGUGUCCAAGAACCAGAGAUUCAACAAGAUAUAUUGAAAGUUCUAAAAUACUCGACGGUCUGCAAUCGCGAGGGAGCCAUCGACGAGGGAUAUGCACAGACCUGCUCCUGGAUAUUAAGUCCCCAAUCGACCACCAACUGGGCAUCUUCCCAGCCGUCUCAAUUUUCAUCGUGGCUUAAAGGCAACGAUACCUUUUUCUGGAUCAGUGGCAAAGCUGGUUGUGGCAAGUCUACUCUGAUGAAGUAUAUAUACCAGGAUAACACGACCAAAGAGGAGCUCUCUAUAUGGGCUGAUGGAAAAGCUUUGAUACUAGCAGGUUACUUCUUCUUUGAACGAGGCGACGUAGAUCAGAAAUCCAGGGAAGGAAUGCUCCGAAGCAUUCUACAUCAAGUACUAAGUACUCGACGCGACCUAAUCCCUAAGGUCUUUGGCCAAUUCUUUGAGAGCACGCUGCCACUUUCACAGGGUUUCAUUUCCUGGAAAACUCUUAGCGGCUCAUUUAUCUCGAUGUUAGACCAUCUCCAAGAUGCUAAGGUAUGUUUUUUCUUGGACGGUCUAGAUGAACAACGAAUGAUCGAUCGAAUGGAUGAAUACACCGAAAAGGAGGAGAUUGUGCAUUUUCUUCGCCGGUUCAAGAACCGUGGCAACGUGAAGGUUUGCAUUUCCAGUAGGGAAUUGGGCAUGUUUGAACAAGGAUUCCGAAACUUCCCCAGACUUCAGGUUCAUGAGCAUACCGCAAACUCUAUUGCCCAGUAUUGUGAGGUUCGUCUAACAGAGGAGGCUUCAUACCUCAUGGAUCGCCCGGAUUUUGUGUUCUCAAUAACCGAAAAGUCGCGUGGGGUAUUCCUCUGGGUACGCAUUGUCGUUGACAUGCUGGUUAAAGGAAGUGCCGAUGGCGAUUCCAAGGAGGAACUCAUGAACUCUCUCAAUAUUCUUCCUGCUAGGCUUGGUGGAGAAGAUGGCCUCUAUAUGCACAUGAUGCGAACCAUCGACCGGAAGUAUCUGUCAGAAGCGAAGAGACUAUUUCAACUU